CUGUAGAGAAUAGAUGCGGGAUAAAGUUAUCAACCGAUAGGAGAAGAUAAAUAAAAUAAUAUAUUUGCAUACGGGAAAACAUGAUGGAUGGUAGAAUUUCGCUGUUGCUUUCAGGCUAAAUUGCUCUCGUCCUAGUAUCCAUUGAAGAUCACUAUUUUUAUUGCCGAACAUAUUCAGGGGGUUAGUGUUGUCGGUAUAUUGUCGUCUUAUUAGUAAAUUUUGUCUGAGAUUCACCACAACUUUUGCUUUCCCCCCGCACCUUCGUUAUGGUGCCGGAAGUCAAUACUGCUUUGAAAAAAUCAAACUCUUCUACAAUAUAUUAGAACACUCGCCCACUAUAUUCAUCCUUGAUGGGAUUACCAAGUCACUGACUAUCCAGAUCUAGAAACCAUGACGAAGAAGCUCGGCCUUCAAGCGUUCCUACGCAGAGAGGUCAUCAAAGCUAAGCUUCAGGUAUCCGCAGAAAAUGAAAUCCCAAGUCCUUCAAAGAAAACUUCCAUGUCAAUUUCUCGCCCAAUAACCUAUCAAGAGCCAGAAAGGAACACCUUUCGUGAAAUAUUUGGCGACAGCGAAGAAGACUAUGAAAAUCCCAUGGAAAGGUUCAGAAGCUCAAAGACGCCCUUAGCAGUCAAAAAUGGGGUGAAACCAAAGACUGAAGUAAGGUUACGGAUUGAGGAACUCAGAAAGCAACUCAUCGCUGUGAUUUACACUUCUUUUAAAGAACCCAGUGAAAGAGCUAUCAUUGCUAGAGAGCGCGAUCGUCUUUUGCGAUCAAUAGAGCGUUUAGAAGCUCAAGAGCGAAGAGAGAAAGAUAAUGCACGUCGAGGUAUGCAUUAUCUCGCUUGAUAUUACGAAUGUUAUGAUAUUAAUAAAUCGAAUAGCUACUGGAAGUGUCCCCGAGCCCAUCUCUGAGUUUGAGAAAAGGCAGCAGCAGAAAGAAAUCGAAUUGGUGAGGAAAGCCCUUGCCGGGGAAGAAGUAAGGCCUGCACCACACCCUCAUUGUCCAUAUUAAUUAUCCGCAUUCGCUAAAUCAAAUGCCGCCCCAGAAGAUUAAAUCAUCCAUUAAACGUCCCAUACGCCCACUUGAUGACGAUCCAGAUGGCGAGACUCGAAAAAUGUUAGGGUUACCAUUGAAAAGACGCAAGCUCGAAAAGACAGGUAAAUGGACAGAUGAUCUUCGUCAUGCCAUUCCGAAGCUGAGGUAUAAGGACUAUGGAGUUGAGGAGUUGAAGGGAAUUCUGUUAUGUGGGGCGACUGAAGACCAAAAGGAAUGGUUGUGGAAGUGGUUUAGCAGAUUAGAUGCGAAAGUCACUACUGGCGGAGGACUGAGAGGCUAUGGAAAGAAAACAAAUUUGUAACAAAAAGGUGGUUGGCUGAACU